AUGUCAGAAAACACAAACAUGGCGACCGUAACUAGCUCCACUACCGUCAAGGCUGGUACGGAGUGUUGCAUCCAGAGCUUCUAUCGGAUGGAUGAUGCUUGA